UUUGUCGCCAUUGGUCGCCAUUUGUUCGCUUUAAACGGACGGCGGAACCGCGGAUCGCACACUCUCGGUUAGCAUGGCUGCGGAAGCUGGGGUUUUGCAUGAUCAAGACCACAGGUUCAAUUUUGCUCUCAGCCAGCAUCAAGAUGGGCACCACAGUCACCCCACAUCGUCUCAGGUUGAGGACGAAAGGCGGGCUGACUCUCCUGCACACCGGAUCUCAGACAGGUGGUCUGGCACAACAAAAGAUUUUCUUUAUGAUGGCUCCUCUGAUAGCUGAGUAUGAUCGGCACAUGGAUGAAAUGACUGAGCAGCUGCAGAGAUACCAGGCGCUGAUGACUGAUGUCAAAGUGAAGUUGGAGAGGGUGGUCAAAGAGAAUGAAAGGCUGCAUGCUGAGCUGAGGGAGUCUGUUGAGAAGCAGCUGCACGCUCUGCCAGUGGCGUCGGCAACGGAGGGGAUCACACUGGAGGGGGAGGCAGUCAUCAGAAACCUCCAAGAACAGGUCCAGCUGUCGGAACAGGAGCGGGUGCAGGCCAUGGAGCUGUGGCAGACGGCAGCCCAGGAGCUGGACCGCCUCCAGCACCUCUACCAGAGAACCGUCUCGGACGGACAGGUCCACGAUGCUCAGAGACAGCAGCUCAAGGAUCAGCUUGUCCAGUUCCAGCAGCAUUCACACAAACUCCAAGUCGCCAAUCAGAAACUGGAAUCGACAAACCAGCAUUUGCUGAAGACAGUGACAGAGCAAAGCACAGAGAUGGAGGAGCUACACAGUCAGCUCGGGCAAGCCAAGGCUGAACUGAGAACAGCCACAGCCAGAGUGGAUGAGAUGACCAAGUUACUGCAGAAUGUCCAGAACCAGAUGCAUAGACAGGAGGAGGAUGUGGCAGACGCUCAGGGCCGAGAGGAUGCGGCAGACAGACGUAUCCAACAGCUCCAGACGGGCUUGAGCCAGCUAGAGGCCAGGCUGAAGGCUACAUCUCAGGAAGCAGAGUCCUUUCGCAGAGAGCAAACUGUGUGGGAGAGAAAGUUGGGGGAAUUCCAGGCGCGUUGCACAACCGUAGAAGAAGAGAAGUAUGAGGCCCUGGCCAAAGUCAGAGAGAGUGUUCAGCUGGCUGAAGAGGCUGCACUGCAGAAGGACCAGGCCUUGUUAAGAGAGAAACAGAGGAUAGAAGAGUUAGAGAAUGCAAAGGAGGCCAUCAAACAGCUGAUCCAGGACGCCGCACUCCGCACCAGAAAGGAGGUAGAAAAUGUGCGCAAGCAGUGCAACGCUCAAAUUCACCGAAUGGCAGAGGAGCUGUCUGCACUGCAGCUGGAGUGUGCAGAUAAAGAGUCUCAGAUUGAAAGGUCCCUGCGAGAGCGAAAAGCUGCAGAGGAGGAACUGGAGAAGGUGUAUAAGGAGGGCAGGGCAGAGCCAGAGUUCAGGAAGAUUGAUGCUCUUCAUCAGAGGUGUCUGAAUGCAGAGAGGAUGAAGGAAGACAUGAGACUCACUCUACAAAGCACCCAGAACAAAGUCAAAAAGAUGGACAUGGACCACAGCGAGGAGCUGUCCCGGUGCCAGGAGGAGGUGCGGCGGCUGCAGGGCUCUCUAGCGCAAGCCCGGGAGAACUGUGUUGGUGUCAGUGAUGAGCGGCUCCAUCUGCAACAGGAAAACUUGCAGCUCCGCAGGGAGAUGGACGACCUGCGCAAAGCCACCCUGCUGGUCCAAAAGAAGGCCAAACAACAGGUGUCACAGAUGGAGCACGAGUACAGCCUGAAGGAACAGGGACUUGACGUUCGGGUGAGGGAGCUGGAGGAGAGCAGCCGAGGCUCCACUUCUGAUCUGACACGCCUCCUUACAGCACAGCAGAAAAGCACUCAGCGUUGGAAGGAAGAGGCCAAGAACAUGGUCCAGGCCUUCGAGACUAAAAUCGCAGGCCUCAAGGUAGAGCUGAAUCGGCAGAAGCAGCGUUCACAUGAGCUAGAGAUGCAGCUUGAAACUGAUCAUAAUACCAUUGCUGAGUAUGAGAGACAGCUCACAGAGCAUCAAGAGAAGUCGAGUCGACUCCAGAGACGACUGACACAAGUUGAACAAAGGGCAACUACUGCUACACAGCAGCUGAGUAUACUGGCAUCGCAAAGAAGGAAAACGGCCUUGGUUGAUCCAGAGACUGUGUAAUGUUUGUGUCACUGUACUAUUGGCCAUGUGUUUGAAGCACUUCGUUCUUUUUGUUAAUAUGAUGUCAUGGUUUAGCCAAAAGCAUAAGACAGCAAUGCUGUUGUUAGUGGUGAUGAAACUAAUGUUGUUCCAGAAGGUAUACUGGAGCAUUGUAUUAAAUAUAAAUGUCUGAUAUGUAGAAUAAAUUAUUACCUUUUUUAUAAUUGCAAAAUAAACCACCUAUUGUAGGUCCUGAA